UGCCCCUCCCGGCCGGGCGCCCGCCAUUGGUGCGGACGCACUAGCCUGGAGGUCGUUAGCCCCGGACACGUCAGCCGAGGAGAGGUUCGGGCCCCGGUGGAACCGUCGCAGCGAGGUCGCUUCGUGACUUCGGAGCGUGACGAUGCCCAAAAUCCAGCUGUGACCGACGUCACGUUGCUCGAACGCAUCGGCGAAGGCGGCGCGGAGGCCCUGGCAGAGCUGUACGACCGCUUCGGGCGGCCGGCCUUCUCCCUCGCCCGGCGCAUCUGUGCCGACGCGAACCUCGCCGAGGACGUCGUGCAGGAGGUGUUCCUCAUCGUGUGGCGCGAACCGCGGCGCUUCGACCCCGCGCGGGGCACCGUCUCCAGCUGGCUGCUGACCCUCGUCCACCACCGCGCGGUCGACGCCGUCCGGCGUGAGGCGACGCGGCGCAAGCGCUCGGUGCGCCCCAGCGACGACGGCGAGGACUGGAGCCUGCCGCCCGGGCCGGGGGCCGACCAGGCCGCCCUGACGGCGGUGGCGGCCGGUCACGUCCGCGACGCCCUGGCGAAGCUCCCCUCCGAGCAGCGGGAGGCGCUCGCCCUGGCCUACUUCGGCGGCUACACCCAGCGUGAGGUCGCGAGCCUCGUCGACGUGCCGCUGGGCACGGUGAAGUCACGCAUGUUCAGCGGCGUCGCCAAGCUGCGCGACCUGCUGGGCCCCCACAUCGAGGAUCGGGAGGGAACGCCGUGA